AAUGCUUCCGACACCUUCUUGUCCACCCCCUCCCUCGUCUCGGUCUUGGCCGGAGCUGUCAAAACCACGCCUAUAGAGGCCCACAAUUGGUCCAGAAAGCGUAAAAUGAGCAAUCAAGGGGGCUUGGUUCAUUAGUGCUGGGAUCGGAGCAGGAAGGACAUGUGAGAUAGUCACAGUUCUACAGAGAGCGGGGCAAGAUCUAACCAUUUCAACUCCGGGACUGUGGAGAAUGAUCACUCCUGCUGGCGCAUCCCCCUUCGCAGAGCGAUCCUGCCUGUGCUGAAAGCGACUUUUUGGAAAGGAAAAAAAAAAAAGAGAGGAAACUCCAAAAUCAUCGGCAUCGAUGCAGAAUCCCGCUGACUAAUAUUAUUAUCGUUGUUGUUAUUGCGGCGGGACUUCGGAGAAGCAGCAGCAGCAGCAGCCGGACUAUCCGAAAUCAGACCUUUUCCAUUUUUGUUUUUAUUUUAUUUUUUUCCUUGCAGCUUUGAAACGAGCCAGCCCUUUCCCUCUUCUUCAUUACCCCUCUACCGCUGUCGACAUUCCGUUACCGUUGCGAGCCAACGAAGGGGGGUUAUUUUGCGUCUCUGGAAAACGUACCUUCUGUGUUGGGGGAGAGAGAGAGCGAGAAAAAAAAAUCAGUCUAACUGCCUGUACUAAUUCCACCUCGAUUUUUGGAUGCACCGAUGAGAGAUCCAACUUUCACAGGGACUGCCAUGGCGUAUCACCCUUUCCACGCUCCCCGGCCGGCCGACUUCCCCAUGUCAGCCUUCCUAGCGGCGGCUCAGCCUUCCUUUUUCCCGGCGCUGACGCUGCCCCCCGGCGCCCUGGGCAAGCCCAUCCCGGACCCUACCCUGGCGGGAGCCGCUGAGGCGGCGCUGCACCCGGCGCUGGGGCACCAUCACCAGGCGGCCCAUCUGCGCUCCCUGAAGAGCCUGGAGCCCGAGGAGGAGGUGGAGGACGACCCGAAAGUCACGCUGGAAGCUAAGGAACUGUGGGACCAAUUUCACAAACUGGGAACUGAGAUGGUGAUUACCAAAUCCGGGAGGAGAAUGUUUCCUCCUUUUAAAGUUCGAGUCAACGGUCUUGACAAAAAGGCCAAAUAUAUAUUGUUGAUGGAUAUAGUAGCCGCCGACGACUGCCGGUACAAGUUCCACAACUCCCGCUGGAUGGUGGCGGGCAAGGCCGACCCGGAGAUGCCCAAGAGAAUGUACAUCCACCCGGACAGCCCCGCUACAGGGGAGCAGUGGAUGGCCAAGCCUGUCGCUUUUCACAAGCUCAAGCUGACUAACAAUAUCUCCGACAAACACGGAUUUACUAUCCUCAAUUCUAUGCAUAAGUACCAGCCCAGAUUUCACAUUGUGAGAGCCAACGACAUCCUGAAGCUCCCGUACAGCACUUUUCGGACGUAUGUCUUCCCAGAGACGGAUUUUAUCGCUGUCACUGCUUAUCAAAACGACAAGAUCACACAGCUUAAAAUUGAUAACAACCCGUUUGCCAAGGGAUUCAGAGACACUGGCAACGGAAGAAGAGAAAAAAGGAAGCAGUUAACUCUACCCUCGCUACGUAUGUAUGAGGAUCAAUGCAAAGCGGAUCGGGAAGGCGGCGAUUCGGACGCCUCUUCGAGCGAACCCACCACCGGCAGGGAAGCUGCACAGUCCCCGAUGGGACCCGCGUCCAGCCCCCUGCGGUUCCGCCGGGCGAGUCGGGCAGACGAGAAGCCCUGCGCGGACAGCGACCAGGAGCUGGACCAGCAGGAGGAGCGCUCGGCGGGGGUGGGCAGCCCCGGCCCCGAGCCCCCCUCCCCGGCCAGCCCGCGGUGCGAGGAGCGAGUGAAGGAGAAGCCGAGCCCGGCCAAGAAGGACGAGUACCCGGACUCCAGGAAAGACGCCGACUCCAUCUUCAGCAUCAGGAGCCUGGAGAAGGACAAGUCGGAGGGCAGGCACAGAAAGGAGACGGACUCCUCCAAGAAGGAUGCGGACUGCGGCGGCCUGAGUGGCACCAAGGACGGAUUCGCGCCCCUCAUGGUGCAAACAGAAAGUCCCUCCCACUUCAGCGCUGGACACUUGCAAAGCCUGGCCCUCUCCGGCCUGCACAGCCAGCAGUUCUUUAACCCCCUGAACACGGGGCAGCCUCUUUUCAUCCACCCCGGACAGUUCGCUAUGGCCCCUGGGGCCUUCUCGGCAAUGGGCAUGGGGCACUUGCUGGCGUCGGUGUCCAGCGGCCUGGAGAACGGCACCCUCUCCACAGCCCAGGGCGCAGGGAGCACCCCAACCCCCUUCCCCUUCCACCUGUCCCAGCACAUGCUGGCCUCUCAGGGUAUCCCGAUGCCGACCUUUGGGGGACUGUUCCCGUAUCCCUACACCUACAUGGCGGCCGCGGCCGCCGCCGCCUCGGCUCUCCCCACCAGCAGCGCCGCCACGUCGCUCUCCCGCAACCCCUUCCUGAGCAGCUCCCGGCCUAGGCUGAGGUUCAACCCUUACCAGAUUCCCGUGUCCAUCCCGCAAAGCACAAACCUGCUCACCACCGGAUUGCCAAGCAGCCUGAACCCGGGAUCCGAGUCCUCCAAGUCGGGCAGCAGGGAGACCAGCCCGGUGCCCGACCACCACAGCCACAAGUCGGGCGCUAGUCAAAGAACCAGUUCCCCCAAAACGCCCCUUAAGGAAUCGAUCAAUGAACUACAGAACAUCCAGAGACUGGUCAGCGGGCUGGAGACCCAAAGAGAAAGCUCCCCAGCCAGGGACUCCCCCAAGUGAUGGAAGGACGGGGCUCACGAUGACUUGAAAGAUGAAGGGUCAUUAGGAAUUCGUUUUGUACAGCACACUGAGUGAACCAUUUGCGCUUGGACAGGGGGGACCAGUAGAAAGCAUAGAAACUUAUUAAUACAGGAGGAACAAUCCCACGCAUGACAAAACCAGAAAGUAAAACGAGCACUGCACUGUCAUUCCCAAGGAAGGCAAAACAAAAAAAAAAGGACUUUUUAAGCAUCGGUAGCAAAUUUCCAGAAAGGUCUCGACUCAGAACAGUAGGAUGCUUUCUGGAGGGUGUUUUUUUUUUUUUUUACUGACGCCUGCAAAUAAAUCUCGAAAAGAAACUGUCGGGGUGGGGAGUUGGGCGAGAGUGAGAAGGCACCGAGACGGACAGGGCGGGAGAAGCGAAGCGAGCUUUUUGAGGACACAAACACGCGUUUCAAGUGAAGGCAGCGCGUCAGUUCAAUUGACUCUUGAGGCCGUCCCUCCCUUUAAAGUAGGAAUCAGAAAAACGGUGGUGCAGACAUAAAUUGGACUGGCCGGUUGGUAGAUUUUAUUUCAUGAUUUUAUUUUGUUGUUUUUUUUUAAAGAAAAAAAAAUGAAGCUUCAUCCAAAAAAAUCUAAAAAAAAAAAUAUUCAAAAAGGGAUGGAAAUAAAAAUCACACGUACCGUCAUUAAAACUGAUUCUCUUUAACAGUUGUGGAAGAUCUGUAAUUUUCUGACGGACAAUUGUAUCUGAAAUAUUUAUGUAAUUAAAAAAAGUAAUUCUGUAAAUAAGCUAUAAGGAUCCCAGAAUAUGCAAAUUGGUAUUAAUUUAUUCAAAGUUGUACAUUGGCGUGUACAUAAUAUUUAGAGUUUAACUCGUUGCAUUUAUUUUGUUUUCAU